AUGGGUGAAUUAGUUGGCCCUCGUUUGUACAACUGCUGCAAGUGCCGGAAUCACGUUUGCCUUCACGAUGAUAUAAUCUCUAAGGCGUUUAAGGGAAGGCACGGAAGAGCUUUUUUGUUCUCCCAUGCAAUGAACAUUGUUGUUGGGCCAAAAGAGAAUCGGAAUCUCAUGACGGGCCUCCUGGCUGAUAUAUCUUGCGGAGAUUGCAAUGAGGUUUUGGGGUGGAAAUACGAACGGGCCCACGAGGCCUCACAGAAGUACAAGGAGGGUAAAUUCAUAUUCGAAAAGUCGAAAAUUGUUAAGGAGAAUUGGUAG